AUGACAUCACAUCUUGACGACCAGUCAUUCCUGAAGUGCAGUUCAUGGUCAGUGAGGUUUUACCAACUGCACGUGCAGGCAUUAUCUCAAUUGAACAGUGUUGUGAAAGACUAUCAUCGAAGCCACGUGGGCAUUCCUUACAUACUAUGUGGUGCCAUCGGCUACGAGUUCACGCCGUUCCUCAAUAUAUGCAGCGCUCAUGUCGAUCUUGGAAUAUGCACUGAUCUCUACAUUGCCGAAAGACGGUAUAGGCCGAUUUCUCAGAAACAGCUGCUCUACUUUCUUUACGUGGUGCGCAGAAUAUUGGCCAACAUCACUCGUGAGGACGCGCAUAUAUCCUUGGAAUGCAGACAUUCGACAGCCCGCUUUCUUUGUUACUUCCUUUUUCCAACUUGUGUGAUCAAUGACCAGAAGGUUCUUCUCAAAGUUCCCUGCAGAGAGGACUGUAACAGACUGAAGCUGACCUCUUGCCCAGAACUUUGGAAAGAUGUUGUUGAACAGCUAAACUGGCUUCUUCGUGGAUUCUUGCCAACACACGGUUUUCACUGUCGCUUAUUACCAUCAGUUUUGGAUUCUGACUACAAAUGCGCAUCAUUCGACGACCAGGGGUCAUCUUCCUGGAACCGAAGCCUGAUCACUGAAACCUGCUACCGUCCGUACGAUCGCUACUACCUUGGGACAGAAAAUGUUUCUGCCCGCGGAAUCAGCUGUAUUCCGUGGAACCUGCUUUGUGAAGACGGAGUUUUGUUGUUCCCUGAUGCUUAUUUGGAGUUGGAUAGCGCUGCGAAUUACUGUCGCAAUCCGGCAGGCAAGAGAGUUGCGCCUUGGUGUUACGUGUCAGACAGGUCUCUACUAUGGGACUUUUGCCGCGUGCCGCAGUGCCAUGCCAGCAGCAUCGCCGAACAACUGCAGAAGAGCAGCGAGCUUUGGAUUUAUGUUCUCUUUUUUGUCCUUCUGUCAACUUUAGUAGGUUUAACGGUAGCUUUCAAGAACGGGUUACGUCCGUGCCCACCGACAGUUCUCCUACGAUCAGCCAACACGUCUGCGCCAUUUUACGAAGAACAGAAUUCUCUUUAUGGUUUGGUGAAUACCACUGGCGACUACGUACAAAAUGUCGACAAGAUCAUUCCAAUCAAGCAUCUGUGCAGUGGCGAAUUUGGCAGCGUAUUGAAGGUAUGAAA